GAUCUAUCUCUGUUAUCAAAAAACCUUCCAUCGUAAGUAUCUCCCGCCACUGGUUUAUGAGAGAAUCCAUUUCGUGGAAACAGAGGAAGAACUUAGAAUUCAUCAGCUUUAUCUAGUUCGUUAGAUUUUAAUCAUCAAUGGCUCUCAAUCUCCGCCAAAAACAGACUGAAUGUUUAAAUCGGAUGUUGAAUCCAAGUGGCAAUGCGAGCGAAGAAUUUUCUUACAAGAUAUUGAUCUACGACGAGUUCUGCAAGAACAUUCUCGCUCCUUUGUUCCAUGUCAAGGACCUUCUUAAGCAGAGAGUCACGCUUCGUCUUCUCAUCGAUAAAAUCGAUAAAGAUCGAAAGGUUGAGAAUGAGUGUGAUAUUUCACCAGCUGUGUAUUUUGUUCAACCCACUGAAUCCAACAUUCAAAGAAUCAUAUCAUUAUCAGAUCCUUCUAUAUCUAUCCACAGUACCUUUGAUCUGAAUUUCUCGUCUUAUAUCCCUCGUCCGCUCCUCGAGGUUCUCGCUUCAGGGACUCUCAAUUCAGGUUCUAAUGAAAGAAUUGAAACGGUGCAUGACCAGUAUCUUGAGUUUGUGACUUUGGAAGAUAACUUGUUUUCUCUUGCACAACACUCUACUUAUGUUCAGUUGAAUGAUCCAUCAGCAAGUGACAGAGAUAUCGAAGAGAUUAUCGAAAAGGUAGCUGAUGGUCUCUUCUGUGUAUUGGUAACGCUUAGUGUGGUGCCUGUAAUCCGUUCAGCAGAGAUGGUUGCAUCAGCGUUAGAUCAGAAACUGAGGGAUCAUUUGCUUUCUGAUAACAAUCUGUUUAAUGAAGGUGGUGGUGGCGGUUUCUUGAGACCGGAGAAGAAAUCAAUCGAGUUAAACAGUUUCGAUCCGUUCUGGUCAGCAAACAGUUUUGUAGAGUUUCCAGAAGUCGGUGUGGAGGUCGAAACUCAGUUGAACAAGUACAAGAAAGACGUUGAGGAGGUUAAAAUGAGAACUGGUGGUGGUGAGAGCAGUAGUGCAGAUUUUGAUGGGAGUGGUCUGAUUGGAAGCACUAAGCAUUUGAUGAACGCUGUGAACUCGCUUCCAGAGUUGGUUGCUAAGUCGACACAAUUGGAAGGCGAGAAAGUGCAGAAAGAGGUAGAAGUGCAAAAGCUGAUGGAGCAGAAUGUGAAGCUGACAGCUCUUCUUGAUAAGAAAGAAGCUCAGCUUCUGGCCUUAAAUGAACAAUGCAAAAUCAUGGCUUUGAAUGCUCGAACAUCUGAUUCUGCAUCUUUCAUCUCUUGGCAAAAGAGAAGAUCUUCUAGGUGUAAUCCUUGGACAUAGUAGGCGUACUUAUUUUUCUAUUGGAUUCUUUUCUAUUUUUUUAGAUGUAACAUUCUGGUAAACUAUCUGUAGAACAUGGCUUUGAAUAAAGCAAGCAUAGUUGA